UCUAGCGGAUAGUUUAUAGUUGCCCUGCGUUACAGUAAAAGUACUGAAUUCAAGUGAAUAUUUUGUUUUUGUUGACACCAUCUGAUUUUGAUUUUGUGUUUCUUUGUUAAUUAAUCGAUGAUUACGCUGACUGGUUAUGUAUAUCACACAGAAAAAGCUAUUUACGCGUUCCUUUUGUAUUCAAGCAAUGAAAGGGACAAAAAAUCUAGUUUCACCAAACCAGACUGGUUACCGUCAACUUCGCAAUUACCCUUGUCAUUUUCAUCAACCAAACAAUCAUUGACCGAAUCCUCUUCAGACUUGUCAAUUAAAUCAUCAGAGUUAGUUUCGAAACUAUCUUCAUUUUCAUCUCUGGCAUUUACUAAAAGCUCGACUAUAUCUAAUGGACUUGAAGAAAGCUGCCAAUUCCAUAUUGACCAUUGGUGUCUUCAAAAUUACAACCUUACACUCUAUCAGUUGAUGUAUGUCUUCAAUGAAGUCCGAAGGAGUAAAAAUUUUACCAGAUCACUUGUCAAAAAGGAAUUGAUACCAAAGACUUAUCGUAAAAGGAUUAUUACGCUGAUCCGUAAUGGAACUGAUUUAGACCUAAUCGUUAAAUUCAGAGUCAAUGAUUGUGAUUAUGCUCCAAUUGACUGGCAUGGGAAUUAUUUGAUUCUAGCCUUGGUUUCCAUCAAAUUAAAGAUUGAAGAAACUCUAUCUAUACUAUCUACUCUUGGUGGAGCGUAUUCAUCUCUUGGGGAAAAUUAUAAAAAUUUUGCUAUUAAAGCCGGAGAAACUUCAUUGAAGCAAAUUGGACUGGCGUGUUUAUCCGGAGAUCCAACAGUUAUCGCUCGUUGCUCGAUUUACAUGGUAUAUAGCCUUUGUCAAAGAGGACUUCCCAAAAAAGCGAGAAGGCUGAUGAUCAAGUUCAUUUAUCCUUAUAUAAAAAAAAUGAUUACUAACAAAACCUGUGAUAAUAUCCUCCGCAAUAUGUACAAAGCGGCCAAGUUUAGAAUAGAGUUUUAUUACAAAACUUGACUUGUUUCAAACUGAAAUAUUUAAGAAUUUGAGGAACUCUAAAUUUUUGUAUUCUUUUUUCAAUUUUCUCCAUCUGAUCUCAUGACAGAAUCUACAUAAAUUUUGUAAAAAAUUCUGUUCAAUGAAUUCCACUGGAAUCGGAUGUAAGCUACAUUAAUUUUCUUUUUUCAGGUGUAACGAUUGUGUCUUAACUUAUAGAAUAUUCAGAAACUAUUUUAUCUGAUAAUUCAUGUUAGAUUGACUUCUAAAAGCUCACCUUGACUUAAUAUUCUUAAAAAAUUUGCAGUUUUGAAAUCCUGAGAUCCUGAGCCAGACUCAGAAAACUAGAAUCAUUAUUCACUAAAAUUUUGUUUACUUUGACAUAAUAUGUCUCAUGUUUCUUUGAUCAAAUAUUAUAUUGUUAUUCCAAACCUUUUGUACAUGUAACGAUUGAUUUUCAUGAUAAAAUUUGGAGUUAAAUUAA